AUGGCGCUUGCGUCACUACUGCAGAGGCAGCAGCAGCAGGGUGAGGUGCAGCGUGAGCACCAGCACAUCCUGACGCAGGUACAUGCCCAGGACAAGCAGCAGCAGCAGCAGCAGCAGCAGCAGCAAGUAAGACUUGAGCAAGGCGGGGACGAUCAGGACUAUGCCAGGUGCAUUGUGGCGGCGUUGCGCGCGUUUGAGCGCGGCCUGUCGCAGCUGCGGCACGACCUCUGCCGUCUUAUCACACGCGCCGACACCAGUGGCAGCGUCGACACCGGGGCUGGCGGUGUCAGCAGCAGAUCACGUGCGGAAGAGCAGCUGCCGACGGCUCAGCAACAGCUACUGCUCCUGCUUGAAAUCAAGCUUGCGACGCUGGCCGCAGCCGGGCAACGCAGCGUGGCGGCGGCGGCAGAGAUUGACCCGCGGGUGCAAGCGCUGCGGCUGGGGCAGGUGCACCGGCGGGACCAGGGUCAGGUUGGAGUGCGGGGACCCGAGGUGAUCUCGUUGCUCGACAGCGAGGAGCAGGAUGCUGCCGCUUUCGGGGCGGCAGCAACGGCCGCGGAGGCAGUGGCGGGCGCCGACUUUGCGGCGGCUGCCGGAGCGGCAGCAGAGGGCACGGCUGUGGAUUUGGAGGACAAAGAGGGUCGCGCGCAGCGGGAGUGGACAGGGGAGGAGCCGGGCUUUGACGCGCGGCUGCAUUUUGACGCGCCCUUCACUCAGCUGGCUGUCAACGGCCUGCCCCCGGAGGACAACCAGGGCGUCCUGGGCACCUCCAUGGCGGCGUAUGCGCACGGCCGGCCCCUGUACGCGCUCCACGCCUGCUACGGCCAGCAGGCCCCCGAGCUGACGGCCAGAGUGCCGGCGCUGCAAGAGGCGCUCCUGGCCGUCUAUGUGGGCCACCAGUCGGCGGAGGAGCGGGUGGCGGAGCAGAAGCUCGCCAAGCAGCAGGGGCGCCUGCCCCGCCAGCCGGCAGACGUCGCAAACCCCAAGGCCCGCGCGUGCGUGACAGACGUGGCAGACCUCGAGAUCGGCGGGCUGGUCGGCGCUCACCCGGCGCUGUCAGAGCGGGGGCGGCGGUUCCAGGUCCUGCCGCCGGUGCGGUACCACGGGGCUGCACCCGCCAAGUGGUCGUGCAUGCACAGCAAGCUGAUGCUGCUGGUGUACCCCACUGGAGUCCGCCUGGUCGUAUCAAGCUGCAACCACGUCCUGCAGGACUGCAUCUACAUACAGGUGGCGUACUCCCAGGACUUCCCCUGGAAGGACGGCGCAUCACCCAGCACAACCGAGUUUGAGGACUACCUGGCAGAGCACGUGGUGCAGGCCUUCCGGCUGCGCAAGGACCACGAGGCCCUCUUCCUGAGGGAGAUCCGCAGGGCUGACUUCUCGUCUGCCAGGGGCCACCUCAUUGCCAGCCACCCCGGGGUAUGGGACUCAACCAACCGGCGGGUGCCUGUCGGGCACCUGCAGCUGCGCACCCUCCUGGGCCGCAUGCGGCACAUCCCCAACUCGCGCGUCCCCGGCGCCGGCGCCGCGUUCCCCGUCGCGGCCAGCGUCGCCAGCCUGGGCUCGUUCUCCUGGUGGCGCCAGCCCUGGGCGCCUGCAGUGGGGGACAACCCAUUCAGCGCGCUGACAGGCGCGUUCCUGGCCGGCUGGGGGGAGGACUGCACUGACGGGGGCGUGGGCGAGGGCCAGGGCGGCGGAGGCGGGCUGGAGCCGCGUGUGGCAGCGGCGGCUGCUGUGGCGGCCGCUGCGGCUGACGUGAAGCCCGCGCUGCCGCGGUUCAGCCUUCUGUGGCCGACGAACGCGGACGCGGUCCACUCCCUGUACGGCGGCUCUCACCUCCAGGUAUGA